UCCGGCAGAUGUGCAUCAGUCAUCAGCAGAGACAAAGUGAAGUGAGCAAUCCAAACAUCUUCUCUACUCUUCUUCAAGUGAACCAACCAACAAACAAAACCAAACUCAAGAUGCCUUGCCCAUGUGGAUCCGGUUGCAAAUGCGCCACACAAACACCCAAGGGAGUCUGCAACUGUGGCACUGACUGCAAGUGCGGCGGAGACAACAAGGCCAAGUGCGGCUGCUCCUCCAAGUGAGAGGAAUCCAAGCCCAGCCCAGGACAGCUGGCAUCCAUCCACAUACCCGCAUCCACUACCCGCACUGAUUUCGUUGUAUUAUUUGUUGUGCGCUCCAAAUGGAAGGGAGGGCAACAGCAGUGCACUACUAUCUACAUAUUUUACAAUUUGUUCCUCGCUUUGCAUACUGUCCAAUAAACUCAAUUGAAACUUGA